CGGCGUCAGAGGUCAAGCGGUACCGGUGCCAAAUCUCGCGGGAGGAGGGGUUGACAUGGUAACGGUUGACUCCGAGUCGGAAUCCUAGGCAGGACGAGGAAGCCGCUGGACGAAGGUCGGCCUCUGGGAUGGCGUGAACCCGGAGGGGGCUGUUGCGGACAGGAAGCCCUAGCCUUACUGUUGUCUUGUUGCUGAGAUGGUUCCUCCCAAGAAGGGGCUGCAACAACAUGGUCCCCAGAAAAUUGCACAGACUAAAUUGAGGCCUCCAUCAGCCAACUGGAAUGUAUUAGCAGGAAGAACUCAGUGUAUAGCACCUGUUGGGGCCUGGGUAGAGAGCGCCCAAGAUGAUGGAGAAGAGAGCCCAGUUUUUGCCACAGCUGUUCAGGUUGAAAAAGUAUACAAAGAACAACAAAAAGAAAAAGAAAAAACAUUGAAACGCUUUCAGCAGGAGGUAAAACACAGGGUGAACCAACGUGUUAAUCUAAAGAGGAAACAACAGUUGAAGACCUCUUACGAAGCUGCCCUGAAAGAAAGCUCUGUUAUUAUAGGGUUUUCAGAUUCUGCCUUGCGGUUGACCCCCAAGAAAAAUACAUGCCUCUACAGAUAUACCAGGGAUUCUGCCAUUGGCAAUACUAAUGACAAAGUCGCCUAUGUACAACAAACUGAUUAUGAACCAGAGCAGUUCUCAGAGCUAGCCAAAACUGUAAGGAAAACGGUGCAACAGGUCCGUCACAAACUGGCUUCUCGAAAAGCUGUUCCAGAAGGAAAUGUUUCAGAACAUCCAGGAGAUGCUCGUCAGAAUCCUCCAAAAAGACAGAACUCAGAACCUUGCAACACAACUGCUCUGAGCCCAGAAGAGGGUGAUAUGGGAGAACUUCCUCUGAAGGGACACCAUGAUCUUCCAGCAGAACUUCAAGAACAAGAGGGAAGGAAUUGGGACAACACAGAAUUUCAAAAAGUAAAUAAUGAGGCCUUGAAAGGUAAUGAUCCAGCUGAUACUGAGGCUCAGGCUGUUCAUAUAUUCUGGCCUGGAAUGGAGAAGGAACAAUCGAAGAAGCAGCACCAAAGCCAGUAUCUGAGGUAUAGGCGCCUCUUCAUGGAUAUCGAAAGAGAACAAGUGAAGGAACAGCAAAGACAGAAGGAGUGGCAGAGGAAAAUGAACAAAAUUAGGAAAGAAAAGGAGUAUCGGCGCCGUGCAGAGGAACAGAGGAUACAGGAAGCACAACGAGCACAGCGAGCAAAGGAGAAAAGGACACAGGAGAUGGCUUCACCAAAAAAUGCUAAGCCCAGGGGAAAAACCUGUGAAAAACUACAACAGUUGAAAUUGGAAGAUCCGGAAGAAAAGAAAAAACUAGUGGAAAGAGUACAAAAAAAUAAAGAAUAUUCCAGAUAUGUGGAAGCAUUACGAGCCCAGAUGCAAGAGAAGAUUGACAUGUAUAAUAUACAUUUGCCUCCUCUGUGCUUCUGUGGGUUAGAUUUCUGGGACACUCAUCCCGAUAGCUGUGCCAACAACUGUAUGUUCUACAAAAACCACAAAGCGUAUGCUCAAGCUCUGCAAAAUGUCAUCUCAUCUUGCGAUAUUUUGGACGGGGGCUCAAACACAAGGCUUUCCGUCCAUACAUUUGCUGUGGUACAUGCUCGUUCUAAGAAUUCCUGAUAGAAAAUUGUGAAAUCAGUGCCUCCUUCUCAACCUUGUCUAGGUGUCUAUGAACAUAUCACUCCUGAAUUUUAUCCAGGGUUGGAUUAAAAUAAUAAAUUCAGAAGGGAAGUCUUCUCACAUUUGUUUACUUUUCCAAGACUAAUCAUCUGUGUUUUGUUUUCUACAAGAUACGGAUUUGUCAAAAUUAUUUGUUAUUUGUUCAUGGGUGGAACACGUUCUUAGAUCAAUUUUGUGCUCAGCCAGAUUUGUAUCUGUCAGCCUGUGAGACUUGUUGUGCCCAAAGUUUAGGUGGGUUUUGUGCUUUGGGAGUGGGAUAUGAUAUUGAGAUAUAUUCCAUCUUGUGUUGGAUUUCAAACCAAGAUACCUGCUUCCUCCAAGAUUUGGAAGUUAAAUUGUAAAAUGUAAAGCUUGGUCUUUAGGAAAACGUUUGAAAGGGACUACUCCAAAAGAACAGAACUGUUACUAAUCAUGACAAUGUUUAGUCAGUGUCAAGACAAGAUGAAGGAAUAUUCACACUGAAGAAACUGAGAAGGUAACCCAGUUUCUAGAAUAAAAUGAAUUGAGUCUCUGCUACAGAACUCAUUUUUAAUUUGAUGUUGGUUGUAGACUGAGAGUCUUGUUUGUGAUUUGCCCAUUUGACGUAGGACAACUAAGAACCUUGAAGUGACACACAUGUCUAUGCAUUUUUAUUAUUAUUUGGAUACAUAUUUGAACAAGAAAUACCUCUGAACUCUUUAUAUUUAAAAAGUGAAAUUUUAAAACUGAGUCUCUGGAACAUGUUGACCACGAAGGUUGUUAUGUCAGCUUGUCCAAUUUUCAAGCUUUGCAGAUAUAAAUGUUAGGUAAGGUGCAGACAAACAGUUCUUUGAUCCCGACAUAUUCCAAUAAAAAUGUU